CGGAAGUCGGUGCUUCUGAGGCGAACAUCUGCUUCCGGAAGCUAAAUACUGAUCGCUAGCUACUGAGCCACUGCAGCAUGUUACUCUAACUGUGGUCACCUCCGCUCCUCUGGGAACAGCAUCCUACUAACACAAGCCCAAGUCAGAAAAGUCACUUUAGCCGUAACAGACCCGGCCCCCUCUGUCCACCCUGGCGGGCUCUGGUUUCGAUGGCAUUUAACUGUUACCUCCCAAAGCAAGAAUGUCAAUUCAUGCAUCUUGUUCGGGAUGAGCUGGAGACAUAUCAGCAAAAGAGCAACCGCAAGAGUGUGCUCCUGUUUCCCCCUCUACCCAGCAGACUGCGAUACCUGAUCCACAAUCACAUAGAGGAGGACCCAGAGCUCACCACCUUCUCAGUAGGGGAGAGCUGGUGCCGUAGGGUGGUGGUCUGCCAUACUGAGCUCAGGGGAGAAGCAGAGGAAGACAUUGACUUGGAGAGCAACAGCAGCUUUUGCGAAGAUCCCCUAACAAGCAGAAGUAGGGAGGAGAAGGAGGGCAAUGCCAAGCCAAAAUCUUCAAACCCAUCACGAAGCAGAGGACCUAAAAGACCAGACAAACCCCUUUACAUGCCACGAGCCGCUCGUGAGAGACUGUCUUUACAGAACUCACAAGGACCCUCAGGAGAGCAAGAGUUACCCAGUCCAGCUUCGAGUAGCUGCAUCAGCACAUCAACUGAAUCUUGUUCCUGUCCCGAAAUUAAAGACAACACAAAGUCUUCAUCGACAUCCAGACGGGAACAUCUCCCCAGUGUAGUUGACAGUGUCGUCAACCAUGUUGCUGACAGUCCAGCGCUUUGUGCUCAGGUGCUGACACUGCACGAAGCUGAGCCUCUUGUCUGGGACCAGACGCAGACCUGCUUUGCUGUCAUGAGUCUGGAGGAGGAUGAGAAGGACAAGGAAGCCCUUGCUAGUGUGGCCUGCAGUGACGUAACUGAAGAGAUCAAGGCACAGCUGAAAGAGGCAGUGAGUGUUUCCAUUGAGCACGCUCACAAUGACUACACCAUAUAUGUGAAUGUGUGUGUCAAUAUCAACCCGGACGAGUUUCGCCACGUGAUUGAGAUCUAUGACUUCCCUCCCUUAUUCAAAACCGAUGACCUCCUGGAUGCUUUUACAGAGUACAGUGAUGGUGGCAUGAAGAUCAAGUGGGUAGACAACACACAUGCCCUGGGGGUUUUCUCCAGUGAGUCAGCAGCGACCCACGCCCUUUCCAUCUGCCAUCCCCUGCUGAAAACAAGAACGCUGGCUGAUGGGAGUAAAAAAGCCAAAGGCAAGGCCAUGAGAUCGGCAGAGUUUAUCCAGCCAGUGAAGGAACGUCCUAGGACAGACUGUGCUGUUGCCCAGCGGAUGGUGACCAGAGCCUUGGGGCUGCAGGGACGAGGCAGACUGCAGCGAUACUGAAGGGAAUCGCCAACAGUGUUGGCUAAUGCAGGUCUGCCUCCAUCCUCUGGCCCUCUGUAGAGGCUCUACAGCGACCACAAACAGCCAGCUGAUCAUUGAGAGUACGACUACUGUCCAUCACUGUUUGCCUGCUGUGCUGAUGGUACUGCAGGUUUGCAUGAUGAAGGAGGAGACUGCCACACAUCCACCCUGCUUAAGUGUCCUCAAGCAAGACACUGAAUCACCACCAGCCUGAAAACUGCAGCUCUGUUGCUGAACCUGACCCCAGUGGACAUUAUGAACAAAUGGUAAAGGCUGUUGAGGAAAACUGAAGAAGCUCUUUGCUUGUGUGUUCCAUUUCCAGGCAGGGAAAUUAAGUUUGUCACUAAAUUGGUUGCAUAAUUCUACGUAUGUAGUAAUUCCUCUUUAACUUAACGUUGAAUUAAUCCGCAGUUUACUUCUCAGGAUUUGGUUUAAUAAAUCUACCACAUUGUGUGUUGUAAUCACAGUCAGAAUUUUAUAUGGAGUGUACAGCUUCAACUGACAAAUGUAAUGUAAAUGAUUUGUCAAAGAUGUAACACUAAAUAUUGUUUUCAAGAGAUACAGUUGUAAAGAAAAACAACAACAUGUAACUGCAAAGUUUUACUGCACUGGACUGUACGUAGAUAUUUUCUAAUGUUUUAUUUCAUUUUAAAAUGUGUUUUAUUUUUUGUAAAGAUGUUGCGAGAUUCUCAGUUUUUAAUAUUUAUUAUUUUCCUCUAAAUAACGAAAAACUACCAUAGGAUUGCAAAUCAAAUGUUAUUUCUUACUCUACAUUAUAUACAAGAGAAAAUAUUACAUGUUGGUUUUUUUUAUAUACUAAAGUUUGCUUUGGAAACUUGGAAAUGUUAAGUCCUCUGCACCUGUUAUUGUACUGACUUAACACCUGUCUCACCUCUGUAAAGCGGCUGUUCAAAAUGCUGUUAAGAGAGAAUUAUAUAAGUUUGUAUAUAGUUGAGAAGAAGAUGUUGAGUAUUUUAUUUUUUUGUCAUAAUGAAGUGUGUUGUUUCCCUGAAAUCAUUUAUGUGCCUGAUGUCUGUGGUAUGUCUCUAUGCAUAACCUACAGAUCGGUGACAAUGUAAAGGAAAAUCAAAAAAUCAAGUGUCUUAAUAAGUUGCUGUGCCAACACAACAGCUUCAAUGUGGUAUCUGAACUCUCCUGCAGGGAGAUUAUCAGAUGAUAUUCUCUCAUUUGUGUUUGUUUCUCUACAGUGGUUAGCACUGUCACCUCACAACAAGAAAGUUCCUGGUUCAAACCUCAGCUGGAUGGAUGGAUGUUUCUCUUCUCAUUUAUUCAUGUUUUUCCUUUAAUUUGUCACCGAUCUGUAUGUUGGUCAACUGUAGAAUUGAACUGCAUCCAUUGAGUAAUUUCAGGGAAAAGAAGACCGGAUUGUAGCAUUAAAUACUGCACAAUCACAUAACAGUAAAACAUAUAAAACUAUACUU